AUGUAUCGUGCCCAAGAAGUCGAUGAUACUCAGGCGCCACGACUUGUUGGUAUGGUGCAACAGUUAGCACAUCAAGCCAGGUUACCAAUGCCCCGUGUUUAUAUUGUUCCUAACCAAACACCGAAUGCUUUUGCUACUGGACGUAACCCCGAACAUGCUGCUGUUGCUGCAACUGAAGGCCUUUUAAACCUUCUCGAUGAUGAAGAGCUAGCAGGUGUAAUGGCUCACGAAUUAGCACAUAUCAAACACCGGGAUAUUCUAAUUAGUUCCGUGGUUGCCACCGUUGCCGGUGCCAUUAGUGCACUAGCGUCGAUGAUUAAAUGGGGACUUAUUUUUGGUGUUAAUCGCAAUGGCCGCGAUCAAGGUAGUAAUCUUGGUACCUUAGCCAUGGCAAUUGUUGCGCCUCUAAUUGCAUUAUUGUUACAAAUGGCGAUCAGUCGGUCACGAGAAUUUGCGGCAGAUGCUGAAGGCGCACGCAUUGCCCAUAACCCUCUAGGACUCGCGCGUGCACUACGUAAAAUUUCUCAAGGCGUUGAGCGGGCUCCGAUGGAUGCCUCUCCGGCACACCAAGCCAGUGCACAUCUAUUUAUUGCAAGUCCAUUUCGUGGGCGUGAUAUGCUGGCUCUACUUAGUACUCAUCCUAAAGUAGAAGAGCGUAUUGAACGUUUAGAGCAGAUGGCUAGGGGGGAAAGAUAG